AUGCCGCGGAAGAAGAAAGGAUCUGGCUUCACGAGUAGUAAGAAAAAGAAACAGGACGCGGUAUCGAACGCGGCGCGGCGCGAUGAGCGAGGACUUCCGACGACUGUAGCGAAGGCGAAGCGAACGGUGGGCGAUGACGGAUCUUCUUGCUGUCUGAACUGCACGAAGAUGCUCGCGCAGGACAAGUUUAAAGACGACUACGUACAGACGUGUGUGGAUUGUUGCGAUCGUGCAGUGCAGAACUACAAGCGACGGAAACUUGCUCACGCGGCGGCACCUGAGCGCAUUGAUUCGAAGCGAGUAACGGCCAUGAAAGACGAUCGCGCGACGGACGAGCGAUCGGCGACGUAUCCUCCGCAUGUACAUUUUGCUAGAGAUACGCAGGUGUUCGAUGCAAAGAUUUUGUUCCCGAAAGGAGCGCCUCUCGAUGAUGUGCUUGCGUGGUCACAAACGUACGACCGAUUAAACCAACGAGAGUGCGCUCGCGUCGCGUUCGUUCUUGAAUUUCAAUUAGAAAAAUUCAAACGAAGCCACAAAGGAAAGGGAACGUCUUGGAUACACAAAUAUACUGGUGAGAAGCUCUGUUUGAGCGGCGAGAACGCGGUUAGAUUUCUGCGUCGUGCGGCCAAAGAAUUCAAAUUAACCUCGCCGCGCGAGGCGCAGCCGAUCGACGCCGAUUUUCAAUCGGCGGAUGGCCAGUCUGGAACUUUUUUGGAAUUCAGGCACCGGCUUACGAAGAUAUUCGUUCAAGGAUUAUCCGAUUCCACACCUGAACUCGCGUCUCGCAUCGUGCGUAAGUAUUGGAAGGCGUGUUUGUGUUGGUCUGCCUCUGCGCAAGCAACGGCACCAG